AAACCUGAUUUGCCACCUGGUGUGCUAUAUCGCGUGAAGGCGACCUACGGCUACGUUAAGGAAGAUGUCGAUGAACUGAGCUUUGAAAUUGGCGAUACCAUACGUGUCAUUGAGUACGACGAUCCCGAGGAUCAGGAGGAAGGCUGGCUGAUGGGACAAAAGGAAGGCACAACCGAGAAGGGUCUGUUCCCGGCCAACUUUACACGUCCCAUUUGAAAAGCGGAUGCCGCAACAAUGACGGAACGAAUGCAACUAAAACACAACUAAAUAACAACAACAAACACUUCAGCCCAAAUUUUGUUAUAUUAUUCUAUAUAUAUACAAGAAUACUUUUUACAAUCAUUUUACAAAACAAAAAGAAACACAAGAAACAAAAGCAAAAGAAAACGAACUUCAACUUUCGGCCAAAUUUUUUAUAUACAGCGCUGCGCCAAUUAUUUGAUUUGUCAUUAAGCACCUAGGUUUUUCGUCAAAUUUAUUGUUUAAAUUCAAAUCUGAUUUAUAUAUUUUACUUUGUAUGCAAUAAAAACAGUCGUGUAUUUGUUAAAGCAGUGCUUCCAAUUAUUAUUAUUAUCAUUAUUAUGAAUAUUAUUGUUGACAAAUGAUUGCACACAAAAUACUUUGAAAUGUUUCAUAUAUAUAUUAUUUUGUUAGUAAAUAAGCUUAAUCAAAACACAAACAAAAACAAAAUGAAAAGAAAAGAAAAACAAAAGCAAA